CUCUCUCUCUCUCUCUCUCUCUCUCUCUCUCUCUCUACAUAUAACUACACAUCCAAUUAUCCAAAUCAAUAUACUUCGUACGUAACCCGUUUCUGGCGUAAUGGAAGUAGACGUGAGGGCCGAGUCGGAGAGAGAACAACUUCGUGUGAAGAGGAAGACCUUGGAGGCAGUUCUCCACCAGUGCCAGAGAGCCCUCCAAUCGCUCGGCGACACCGCCAAUGUCGACGGCGAUGCCGGCUGCGCCGCAGCGCAGGGUUCGCCGGCGCCGUGCCUCAAUAAGGAGGCCGACGAGUUGUGCGAUCUUCUUAAAUCUAGAAUUGAAUGCCCUGAUUUCCUAGAAAAACUGGAGUGUGCCCAGAUGUCGGUUAUGGCUGCAGCCCCUUCAAAAAGAAUUGAUGUUUGUGCUAUUGAUUGCUCUUGUAAUUCAUCUAUGAUGCCAGAAGAAGGGAGUUCUUGGGAUAUGGUUAGUGACACUGAUCUAUGGGAAGGUGGAAGUACAGAGGUUGACCAAGAGGACUAUGUUUUAGUUAGGCAAGAAGAUAUAGUCGAGGGAAUCGCAUGCUUCGUGGCCACAUAUCUGAUAUCCCUUAAACAGACAAAGGAUUUGAGCCCUAACCAACUCCAAGAAGCCCUGAGCAAAACAUUUUCUGUGAAGAAGAAAAAGGGGAAGCUUCAGAAGGCAUGGGAUGGAAGCAAAGUCCUAUAUAAUGUAGCUUCUUGGGGAGCAACAGCCGUCGGGAUAUACCAAAACCCUGCGCUCCUUGCAGCUGCCUCGACAGUCUUUUGGACUUCAUGUCAAGUUAUCUCGAAGCUCCUCUGACCUGCUUGUCAAGUUCCAAUGCUUUGGACUCUCCUUGCGUUUGUAUUGUGCUUGUACGACCUUAGCUGCUUGGUGUUGGGUUUAAUUCUGUAACAUUGUUGCCAUUCUUUUUGUGCUACAGCUCCAUUGAUUUGCUCUAGCAUAAUUUGUAAAUAUGUUUCAAGUUAAAGCAUUUCUGUUUCCAGUUA